AUGCGUCACUCCAACUUCAUUGAAAAAGUAGCCCUCUAUGUUCACGGCGGGAAACCCAACACAAAUGCGAACAGUUCCGACCAAACCUUCUACCUAGACCUCUCCCGACCUUGGUCAACCUCCUCCCCUGUCUUCAUCUCCAUCGCCAGCAAGUUUCCUUCCCAGGGGACUACCAGCACACUUAUCAACAAUAACUCGGAAUGGCUCAUGAUCUUUAACAGGACUGUGUACACGUACACGUUCAGGAACGCCCAGUGGAGUGAACCGACAGUUGACCCGAAUCUGAAUUUGAACCCGAAUAUGCCCAUGGUCUUUGACCCAACCCAGAAGCAGGUCUAUAUCAUUAAUGGGUAUGUCAACGUCAAGGGUGGUGGAGUCCUUGGUACUAUGCAGUACGACCCUUCGGUGCCGACGGUCAUGAAACCAAUGCGCGAGUCCACGCGCCUGCUGCUCGAUGGCGGAUAUGCCGCAGUCUGGAGUACGGCUUUGAACAUUGUCGUUGCCUAUGGAGGGUUCGUCCGGUCCACCCCACCAACUUACUCGGAGACGCUGUAUGAGUUCAACCCACAGAACCCGAAAUUCCUCAGCAUGGGCGGGACCAACUCCCCGGCGGCGCGGUAUGGACAUUGUAUGGUCGAGGCCUACAAUGGGUCACAGAUCAUUUUGUUUGGAGGAGUCGACCAGAACUAUGCACCGUUGUCGGACCUGCAUAUCCUGGACGUUGCGACCUUGACCUGGACUCGACAGGAAGUGGCCAGUCCACCACUUGGUCGAGCCUACCCCUGCUGUGCGGUGACGGAUGAUAUGUUUGUGGCAUGGAGUGGAGCGCAGUGGGACAAGGAUGUUGAGGAGUUCAAGGUUAUUGACAAGGAGAUCACCAUCGUCUUUAACCUGAAGACGAAGCAGUGGCAGUCGACCUUCUCACCUGACCCUGUAGUCCUCCCCUCGGCGACAUCGGAUCAUGGAAACACAACAACAGCAGCCGCAACAGGACACGCCGCAGCAUCGGCGACCACGACUCCUGCGGAGCAUGAAGUAUCAAUUGAGGCGGUUGUUGGAGGAGUAGUUGCAGGACUUGCGGUGGCACUAGUCGUUGCUGCAGUAUUGCUUUAUGUCUGUCGGAUGAGAGCCAAGAAGAAAGGUUGGACAUGGAAGCUAUUGUCGGGAAAGGACGACUCGCUACCGCCAUUGGACCAGAAAAAUUCGACCAAUGCAGCAGUCGCCCCAGUAGUCGCCCCAGCAGGAAGCAGCGUAGCAGAAGAUGCGGCACUGAACAGACACAGUCAUGGUGGAGGCGACAACGAUGGUGACGACAACAACGACGACCACCACAGUCUUCACGGCGCCGGGACUAGGAGCGAAAUGACAAGUCUUAAGAGCGAAGCCCUUUCUAGAUAUGGAUUAAGGAUCGGAAAUCACAAUUUUGUCAAACUCGAAUCGGCCAACUCGUCUGAGAUGGGACCUAUCUUCCAAAUGAUCCAAAUCCACAACCCAGCCGAAAUUCUUUCAUCCCCCUCAUUGCCCAUUUCCCAAGAAAAGCAACAGCAACAACAGGAAGAGCCGCCCAUGAGCCCCUCGACGAUCUGUCUGAUACCCUACUCUCCAAUCACCUCGCCUAUCACACCCCACAGCAACGCCCCACCAAACACUAGCAUCAUGUCGGUCGCAGCGGCGUUCGCAACCUCAUCUUCAACAGCACGUCCACAAGUCCCGAGCACACAAACAAGCGUGGAAGUCUCGACAGGGUCAGUCGGAGAAGUCCCGGUGGUGUCAAGUGAAUUGGACGAGCAAUGGACUGCAGCAGCGGUUGCAUUAGCCAAGGAGGGCGAGACGAGGGUGGAAAAAGGCGAGAGGAGGAAUCCACAAGUUCUUACCAAGAAGGCCGAUUUUAUUGAUACAUUAGACCUGACCGAAUACGAGAAGUUGGUCAUCCCCGCCAGAAACCCUCAUGUCCUUGUUGACGUUGAAGAAUAA